AGUCAGUGCGCCUCUGAGCAGCAGCAGCCUGAAAGCAGCAGCUCCAAACUCUACUCGUCAAGCUCCACACUUGACAGACUGCUACGUUGUUUUCAGAGGAGCGGGCUGGUACUCUUUCAGGAUGUUUUCGCUGGGGGAGACGAUGGAGUUUCUUAUAGGGAACCCGUUUUCCACGCCCGUCGGUCAAAGAAUCGAGCGAGCGACGUCGGGCUCUCUGCAGUCGGACGACUGGGGACUCAACAUGGAGAUAUGUGACAUUAUCAACGAGACAGAUGAGGGGCCCAGAGAUGCAGUCAAAGCUAUUAAGAAGAGAAUUGUAGGAAACAAGAACUUCAGGGAGAUCAUGUUGGCUCUCACUGUCCUGGAGGCCUGCGUGAAGAACUGUGGCCAUCGCUUCCACGUUUUGGUGGCCUCACAGGAUUUUGUUGAAGGAGUUUUGGUUCGAUCUAUUCUUCCUAAAUACAACCCGCCGACAGCGCUCCACGACCGGGUGCUCAGCCUCAUUCAGUCGUGGGCCGACGCAUUUCGCAGCUCUCCCUCCUUGUCGGGGGUGGUCCACGUGUACGACGACCUCCGGAAGCGAGGUCUGGAGUUCCCCAUGACCGACCUGGACGCUCUGUCUCCCAUCCACACUCCAAACAGGAGUAUCGCGGAGAGCGGGACAUCUGAGUCGGCCCCCGCCCCCGAGCCCCCCCAGCAGCCAGAGCCAGCGGCUCCCGCCGCCGCUCCCAGCCUCAGUACGUCGCCUCCAGCGCCGCGCAGUGACGGGCCGGCCUCGCUCUCUGCAGCACAGGAGCAGAAGCUGCGAGGGGAGCUGGCUCUGGUGAGGGGGAAUCUCACCGUCAUGUCUGAAAUUCUAAACGAAGUCCUACCUGGACAGAGCAAGCCAGAUGACACAGAGCUGCUGCAGCAGCUGUUCACCACGUGUAAGAGCAUGCAGACCCGAGUGGUGGAGCUCAUCCCUCAGCUGCUGGACGAAGGCCUGAUCGAAGAGCUGCUCAUGAUCAACGACGACCUCAACAACACCUUCAUCCGCUACGAGAGGUUCGAUCGGCUAAACAAGGCUCAGACGGCGGCAGCAGCACAGAGCUGUACGACAAGCUCCAGCGUCAUCGGCCUCCACCCCGAGCCUGCAGCCUUCACACAACCACAACCGCAACCCGCCGUCAUCACGACAACCAGCCAAUCAACAGUCAGCAGCCGGGCCAUUCAGCAGCAGUCAGCAGCAAAACACAAAGAGGAGGAGGAAUUCGACAUGUUUGCCCAAACCAGAAGCAGCUCGCUGGCCGAUCAGAGGAAAAGUGUUCGGUACGAGGACCCCGGAGCGGUGGAGGGCCUGGCAGGAGCUCUGGACACCAGGCUGCAGGUCACAGGCGGGAUGCCACCAGUGACGAACAACUCCCUGCAGAAUGAUAUCGACAAGUGGUUAUCUUCUGAUGUGGCGGACGAGCAUUCAUCGGUGUGCGAGGGAGUGUCCAGUGAAGAGUUCGAUCAGUUCCUGGAGGCCCGGGCCAAGUCGACAGACUACAGCAGCCAGACGAUCCGAGAUGUGCCGCCCUCCACGCCCAGACCGCCGCCGCAGGCCGGCCGGCAGCAGGACACGUCACACGACCAGCUCUUUUCACUUUGAGAGGGACUGAACAAAAAACCCGAGAUCACACUGUCACUGAGCAGAGUCAGGUUUUAUUUCUGGUAGGACAAACACGAGUCAAAGCCUGAUGCUGCGGAGCCGCUGCCUAAUCGACUGGUCUUCAUCAGUGCUGCAUUUCAGUUAAAUUCUGCUGCUUGUUACCUUUCUGUAAACAACUUUGUGGGACUGUAUUUAAGAUGUGUUGAUGUAGACAAGGAGCUGAUAUGAAGGUUGAACUAUGAAGUGCCCUUUGCCCUAAGAAUUGAUUUUAUGUAGAAGAAUAUACGGGGAGUCUUUCCCCAAACUAG